AUGUCUACCUACAAGAUUCCCCAGUCCGAGCCCAUUGCCAUCGUUGGCACUGGGUGUCGGUUUGCCGGCGAUGUCACGACUCCUUCUAUGCUCUGGGAACUCCUCUCGAAACCCAGAGAUCUCACACAAAAGGUCCCUGAAAACCGUUUCAACGUGCAGGGCUUCUACCACCCCGAUGGCGAGUAUCACGGCGCCACCAAUGCCACCCAGGGCUACUUUCUCGAACAAGACCACCGCGUAUGGGAUGCCGGAUUCUUCAACAUUACCCCUAAAGAAGCUGAGGCUAUCGAUCCCCAGCAGAGAAUCAUUCUUGAGGUCGUAUAUGAGGCCAUGGAGUCUGCAGGAUAUACCCUUUCCCAAUACGCUGGCCGCAAGGUGGCUGUUUACGCAGGUCUCAUGACUGCCGACUACGACUCGCUUUGCCAGCGGGACGAUAUCACGGCCAGCCAGUACUUCGCAACUGGAAACUCGCGAGCCAUCCUCUCCAACAGAAUAUCCUACUUCUUCAACUUCCGAGGUCCUUCGAUGACCAUCGACACGGCCUGCUCAUCAAGUCUAGUAGCACUGCACCAGGCUGUCCUCAGUCUCCGAUCAGGCGAAUGCGAGAUGGCCUGUGUGGCCGGUGCGAACAUGAUGAUCACGCCCGAGCAGUUUAUUACCGAAUCAAGCCUCCACAUGCUCAGCCCUACGGGGCGGUCUAGAAUGUGGGACGUCAACGCAGACGGAUAUGCCCGCGGCGAGGGCUUCGCCGCUCUCUUCAUCAAGCCACUUUCUCAAGCCCUGAAAGACGGAGACACAAUCAUCAGCAUUGUAAGAGAAACAGGCGUCAACUCUGAUGGCCGUACUCAGGGUAUCACCAUGCCGAACCCUCUGGCCCAGGCUGAGUUGAUCAGAGACACAUACCGCAGGUCGGGGCUGGACUCCCAGCGUCCCGCUGACCGCUGCCAAUAUUUCGAGGCGCACGGAACAGGAACUCAAGCAGGAGAUCCUAGGGAGGCGCAGGCUAUUUCUACUGCUUUCUUCGGGAACGAGGCUUCCGCCGUCGCUGAUAGUGAGAGCCAGAAGCUCAUUGUCGGCUCUGUCAAAACAGUCAUUGGCCACACGGAGGGCGCCGCUGGGCUGGCUGGUCUAUUGAAAGUGGUGCACUCCAUGCAUCAUAAAUCAAUCCCGCCCAACCUACACCUCGAAACCCUCAACCCGAGUGUGCAUCCAUUCUAUGGGCAUCUUCAUAUUCCAACCAGGCUAAUACCAUGGCCCCAAGCCCCAGCGGGCCAGCCCCUUCGAGGAAGUGUCAACUCGUUUGGAUUUGGUGGCACGAACUCGCAUGCCAUCCUCGAGAGAUACGAGCCAAGCAUUCAUGAUCAAGUUGCGAGGCGUUUUGCCCCGUCUCUUGAGAUCCCUGCCACCUUACUCCCUGUUGCAAGCGAUGCAAACGCCCCCAACGUCAAUCUUCCUCUAGUCCUCUCUGCCAAAUCGCAGAAGUCCCUUGUUGCUGUGGUUCGAUCUGUCCGAGAGUUCAUGAUUGGCACAGAGAAAUCGGCAGACGAGGUUGCUUACAAUCUCUACUCUCGUCGCUCAGCCUUGACCUACAGAGUGUCUGUAAGCGCCGGAUCUCGAGACCAAGCCGUCGCCAGCCUGGACAACCUCCUGGCCAAGGUUGGCUCCUCCACAAGCCCUGAGCUUGGCGUCCGCGCCAAAUUGGACGGCAGCAAGCCUAAGAUUCUUGGAAUCUUCACUGGGCAGGGUGCUCAGUGGUCUGGUAUGGGCCGCGAGCUCUUCAACUCGAGUCUCAUCUUCCGUAACGCCAUUGAGAAGCUUGAGGAUGUCCUUCAGAGCUGCCCGCAUCCUCCUACUUGGUCGCUAGUCAAGGAGCUUAUCCACCAGGAGGACGCCUCGCGAAUCAACAUUGCCGCCCUGUCCCAGCCCCUCUGCACGGCCAUUCAGAUUGCCCUCAUCGACCUUCUCUCCAGCCUUGGUGUUUCAUUCCACACCGUUGUUGGCCACUCUUCUGGCGAGAUCGCAGCUGCUUAUGCUGCAGGCGUGCUCAGUGCGCGGGACGCCAUGCUCAUUUCCUACUACAGAGGCAUGUCGGCUCAUCUUGCAGGUGGUAAGAAUGGCGAGAAAGGCGCCAUGAUGGCAGUCGGCAUGACACGCGCCGAGGCUUCCGCUUUGUGUGCGCGAGAUGAUACCAAGGGUCGGAUUUGGGUUGCUGCCAGCAACGCACCCUCCAGCGUCACAUUGUCCGGAGACGCGGACGCUAUCAAGGCGCUGCAAACCGAGUUGUCUGCAGAGAACAAAUUUGCCAGACUCUUGGUCGUGGACACUGCUUACCACUCUGCUCACAUGGAAAAGCCAGCUUCAGAGUACCUGCAUGGCCUGGCUGCAUGCGGCAUUGCCCCGAGACAAGGCAACGGUACGAUCUGGAUUUCAAGCGUCUACGCUGACGGUACGGAGCCAACUGUCGAAAAUCUCAAGGGCACCUACUGGAAAGACAACAUGGUCAAGGCCGUAUCUUUCUACGAGGCUGUUGACCUGGCUCUGAGCUCUCAGGGACCAUUUGAUUGCGCUGUUGAAGUUGGCCCUCACCCUGCUCUUAAGGGUCCUGUUCAACAGACUGUGAAGGCUGCAACUGGUGGUGCACUUUCGUACGCCGGUCUCCUUGAUCGCAAGAAGGAUGACAGACAUGCCUUUGCCGACUUUUUGGGCUUCACUUGGUGCUACUUUGGCCCCGAGGCUAUCAACUGGAAAUCCCUCGUCACCAACUCCACCCAGCCCGGCGUUCUGUCUUCGAAGAUCGAGCUUCCGUCUUACCCUUGGGACCAUAGCCAGAUGCACUACCGCGAGUCACGCAUUGCUCAUCAAUAUCAUUUCCGCGAGCAGGGACCCCACGAGCUGCUUGGAGUUCGCACCCGCGACGACACCGAGUUUGAACUCCGAUGGCGCAACAUCCUCAAGCUGGAGACGGUCCCCUGGAUUCAGCACCACAAGUUCCAGGGCCAAGCCUUACUUCCUGCUUCCGCUUACUGUGUGCUCGCUUUGGAUGCGGCCAAGGCCGUUCUCAACGGCCGACAGGCGUCAGUUGUCGAGUUGACCGAUCUUGAGUUCAUGAGUGGUAUCUCCUUGGAAUCAAACACCUACGGAAUGGAGAUCCUCGUCUCCUUGAGCAUCCAGCCUCCUUCUACCAAGGGACGUCUAGCAGGCAAGGUCAUUGACGGUGCUUUUACUAUUACAUCCUGCUACGCCGAUGGAGUGUCGCCGAUGCAGAAGAACUUCACUGGUAACCUUCGCAUCUACCUCGGUGAACCUUCUAGGGGUGCACUUCCAGAGCGCGAUCCAGCUUUGGCAGAGACACUUCCAGCAGACACCGACGCCUUUUAUCAGAUGAUGUCAGAUAUCGGUCUUGACUACACCGGCCCUUUCCGCGCGCUCGAGGGCAUUGACCGCAGGUACAACUUCUGCACUGCCACUCUCAAGAAGUUCCACGAUCAGGACAGCACUGGGCUUAGCGUUAGCCCAGCGACACUGGACAGCUGUUUCCACUCCGUAUUUGCUGCUUGCGCUUCUCCAGGAGACAAAUCUCUCUGGACUUCUUUCCUGCCUAGAAGUAUUGAGAAGAUUCGCUUCAAUCUUGCCCUUUGCGAUGGCAAGUCGGGUGACGGCGCAUCGUUGGUAGUUGACUCUGUCAUCACCCAGGAGAUCCCCCGCACCAAGACCGCUACAACCAAGUUUGUAGGUGACAUGAGUAUCUUCAACCCGCGCGGCGAGAUGGAGAUCCAAGUUGAGGGUCUAAUGGUCGCUUCCUUCGCCAACUCGAAGCCCGAAGACGACAAGGAGCUCUACCUCCACACCGUUAUGGACCUCGACCCCGAACAUGAGAUUGUCUCUGCAGAUCUUUCCUCCGAAGAUGUCGCUAUGCAGCGCAUCCUUCUAGAGAGCUGCGAGAGAGUUGCGCGUUUCUAUAUCCAGGAUGAAUCUGCCAUCCAGGAGAUGGGCGCUGCUCCUUCAUUCUUCACGCCCCCGACGUCACCUCUUGCUAAGCCUCCGUCGACUGAGAAGACUCCUAGCCCGUGGAAAUACGACACUCCUGAGUCUUUGGAAAAGUUCAUUCUUCACUCGCCUUUCUACCAUGCUUUGGAGUUCAUCCGUCUUUUGGGGGAGAACCUGCCCGACGUCCUCCCUGCCAUGAUAUCUACCAUUAUCCAGGAGGCGAAGCAGCUGCACCACUUCAGAGUCCAUGUCAGCCGCGUUGUCUCUCAGAUUGCUCAUAAGUACCCUCGCAUGCGAGUACUUGGCUUGACAGAUCCCGAGGCAGGACUUUCAGAGCAUGUCAUUGGCGGUCUCAAGGGUUCGUUUGUGUCGUACACGAUUGGCACCGAGGCGGAGAAGAACCUGCUCGCAAGACUUUCCGGGCCCGAGGCACUCAAGAAGAAGAUCGACCACGAACACACAAAGCUCCUCGAUUCCGAACCUGAUGCGUCUCUCCAGCCUUUCGACUUGGUGGUUCUCAACACGUCAGUUAUCAAGGGCCCCGAGCAGCGUGACAGACUCAAGCACGUCCAGAGCCUCAUGAAGCCUGGUGCUUUCCUCAUUCUUAUCCACGAGUCGAUGAGCCCUCUUCGAGACAGACUUCGCCGUGCCUUUGGUGUGAGGACCCGGGUACAAGAGCCACUUACUCCUCCAGAGUGGCCUGAUGUGCUGGACGAGUGCGGUUUUGUCCGCACGGCUAAGCAGGCCGAGCAGUUUUUUGCCCCUGACUUCUCCCUCAUUGUCAGACAGGCCGAAUCGGAGAUAAAGCAAAUUGCGUUGAAUCCCUUUAACAGCUCUGUUCCCAAGGUAUCUGGACACACCCUUAUCAUUGGCGCUGGCGGAAACUCAGCGGACCUGGCUGAGAAUAUCCACAAGAAGUUGGUUCCGGCGUGCAGUAUGGUUGACAUUGUCGGCGACCUCGAUUCUCUUCAGCCCGCCUACUUCAAUGAGGUCAGCAAUGUCGUCUUCCUCGCUGACCUGGACGAGCCCAUGAUGAGCUCUAUGACUCCCGAGCGCCUUGAUCUCCUCCGCGCCCUGAUGGCCCCGGAGAAGGUUGUCUUGUGGGUCACUAUGAACUCCCGCGCUGGUAACCCCGAACACGCCGCGACAUACGGCUUCUCGCGCUCCAUGCUCGCUGAAGUCCCCAGUCUGAAGUUACAAAUGCUGGACCUCGACUCACGACGCGACUCUGCUGACGCCAUUGCCGAAGCCUUCUUGCGAUUGAGCAUGAAGGGCCUGCGUACUGGCGCCCAGGACGGCGAGUUGUUGUGGACACACGAGAACGAAAUUUUCAUUGAGCAUGGGCACAGACUUGUCCCCAGAGUGGUCCCUUGGAAAGAGGGCAACGACCGUUUCAACUGCCCUCGCAGACUUGUCUCUUCAGAAGUAAACACACUGGAGAGCUGCGUCGAAGUUGUCUCUUCUCAAUCCGCGGACGGUUCGGCGGUAUACACUGCCAACGUUGUUGAGGGUGAGAUCCUUGACGCGAUUGUGCCUGAUCAGAGCGUCAUCCAAGUCAACUACAGCUCCGUCGAGGUCGUCAACUUUGGUCUCAAGUAUGCCUCACACAUCUGCAUCGGUAAGGAUGUAUCCAAUGGCGAGCAGUGCCUGGCCAUGACGAAGUCGAACUCUUCUUAUGUCACGGUGCCUAACUCAUGCAUCUUUCCCUUGGGCGAUCGCAACAUGGAGCCAAAGGCUUUGCUUAGCCUUGUUGUGAGAUACCUCGUUACUCUGUCAGUGGCAGAGGAUAUGAUGGAACAGACCCUUCUCCUCCUCGAGCCUGACUCUGUCCUCUUGGAUUGCAUGAGGGAAGUGUUCGAGCCCAAGGGCGUCAACGUCAUCGCCUGUACUACCACUCCCUUCAAGGGCAAGUCAACUGGCGAACGUUACAUCCACCCUUACGCUAGCAACCGUGAGCUCAAGUCACUCUUCCCCGCCAAUGGUGCCGCUAUCAUCGACUUCCUUCCCGAGGGCAGCGAACUCUCUGAGGCCAUCCUUGACUGCCUCCCCGAGAACUGUGAAUACCAUUCUCGCUUCUCCCUUCUCACUUCCGAGCACGUCGUUGCCCUCGGAGACUCCAUGGAAAUCGAAGAUAUCUGGGAGUCAGCCAUCCUGAAGGCCUUGGAGGACAUGACUGGUAUGAAGGGCCAGAUGGGAGUUCCCAACAUCGAUGCCGUCUCCGUUCCCCAUAUUCUGGACCAGUCCGGCAGCGGAAAUCCCUUCCAGAUCCUCGACUGGCGCGCCAACCGCACGGUACAGCACAUCGCCAAGCCGCUUCUGGGAACACAGCUUCUCCGCCCUUACAAAACUUAUGUCCUCGUCGGCCUUACUCGUGACAUGGGACAGAGUCUGUGCAACUUGUUCUACGAGCACGGCGCGCGUCACUUGGUGCUCGCCAGCCGUAACCCCAACAUGAACCCUCAGUGGAUCGGCGACCUUGCCGCUAAGGGCUGCGAGGUGCGCAUUGAGAAGCUGGAUGUCACCAGCAUCGAGAGUGUCCGCGCCUUUAAGCAGAGGUUGGCCGCGGAGAUGCCACCUAUUGCUGGCGUCAUCAACGGUGCCAUGGUCCUUGAUGACCGCGUCUUUGCGCAGAUGGAUGUCGAUACUUGGACUCGCGUCAUGCGACCCAAGACUGUCGGCUCCAGCAACCUCGACGAAAUCUUUUGCGAUUCUGACAUGGAGUUCUUCAUCAUGACCUCGUCCUUCGCUGCGCCUGGUGGCCACGGUGGACAAUCUAACUAUGCCGCUGCGAACAUGUAUAUGAACGGCCUUGCGGCCAACCGUCGCCUCCGUGGUCUCCCUGGUUCGGUCUUGAACAUUGGUGUCAUUUACGGCCUAGGACUUCUCCACCGCGAGCGCAACGAUAUUUAUGCAUUCCUCGAAAAGGACGGAUACCCUCCUAUCUCGGAGCGCGACAUCCACCACAUGUUCCUCGAAGCCAUUGUCACAGGACGCCCUGUCGAGGGACAGAUUUACGAUAUCACAACCGGACUUAGCCGCUACAAGCCCAACAGCGCAAACCCCCUGCACUGGCACAGAGACCCGCGCUUCUCGCACUUUACAGUUGAGGAUGAUGCCGAGAGUGCGGAGGAGGGAGAGGGCAAGCAGAGCCUGAAGGAGAAGUUGAAGGCUGUUGUUUCCUCCGACAGCGGUAGCCUUGAAGAAGUUACAACGGUUCUCGUUGAGGGCUUCUCGAGGUACCUCGAAGUUGUCCUUGGUGUUGGCGAAGGGAGCGUCAGGGGUGAGCACAGCGUUGGCGAGUUGGGCAUGGACUCGCUUGUUGCUGUCGAGGUGAGGGGUUGGUUCUGGAAGGUUGUUGAGCGGGAUGUUUCUGUGAUGAAGAUCUUGGGAAGUGCAAGUGUUGCAAAGUUGUGUCAUGAAGUUGCUGAGGGGUAUGUUGGCGAGAGAGCUAAGGCCUGA